CAUCAGUGUAAUUGGCCAUUUACAAAACCAUCAUUAAUCUCUGACUUUGUUAUCAAAAUCCUCUUGCUGCUCUCCUUUUUCAAGUCCUCUAGGGUUUUUACGUUUUAGAAUUCUCUGAAAUGGAGCCUGUAGAUUUGAUGGUAGACAAAAUUAAAGGGCUUGCUAAAUCUGGCCAAGAAUUCGUUGACGGUCUCCUUCAUCGCCGGGACAAUUCUACUAGCCGAAAUCCGGUUAUUGGUGCGGAGAGCUAUUGAUAUCUAUAGUGGGAAGGUAACAACAAGCUGAAUGAUGGAGCUUUACACUGUUCACAUUAUAUUGUUUUCAGAUUGAGAUCUUGAAGCAGUUGCAAUGAGAAGCAUUUUCAGAACUAAUGGAGCUUAGGGACUGGCAAGACAAGGUUGAACAAAUGGUUUCCUUUUAUAAAACAUCAAGGAGAGGCCCAUUUCAAGAAGCCAAUACUCAUGUGAGGGGAGAGUUUGAUGUGCUGGGGCAAUGUUAUUGUUGGGAAAUGUUGACCAACAGCAUUACAAUGCUCUGGAUAGGGCAGGAAUUAAAACUGGAAUUAAUUCAAGGUUCACUUUUGAAACAACUAUUCGGGAGAAGGAUACUCUUCUAGCAGAGCUUGUGGCAAGGCCAAAACAUGGUAGUGAAGUUUCACAAAGUGCUCUUUCUCUGGCAAAGAAAAGGGGCCUGACUGAUCUUUCGUAUGCUCGGCCACCCCUUUUGAAUCAGUGUAAUGGUAGUGCAAUUGGCUUGACAGUGAGAAAAUCAAAUGUGACUGCUUCAAUGGCUCAGUCGGUUUCUGGAUUUGUAGUGCAGCCAUGUUCUGAUGGAAUUGGGCAAUGCUUCAAUACAUUCGGCCAAAUUGUCUGUCAACUUCCGAGAGGAAUAAAACUCUCACUUUCAGGUGUCCACCAAGUGCCAAGAUUAUCUAGUCAACAUGUCAAGCUUGGGGCCCUUACCAUUCCUGUGGCCUUUCUGAAACAUCACAAAGCUCUCGAGACAAUGAUCGACGCAUCUGCUCCAUUGAUAGAAACAAACACCCUUCAGACUUUCUCAACUGGAUCUAUAGCCAUGAAUGUGGAGACAGAACUUGAUGAGAACACUAGAAUUGGGGGUUGGAUUGAAAUGAACAAAUCGAAUCCCAAGCAGUUACAAUGGGCUGUCAACUUGUUCAAUGAUUCUGAAGAUGAAUCUGGAUGGGGUAUGUUUGCAAGUGGUAUAACGGUUGAGGGUUCCAAUAACUGGACCCAUUUACAGGCUGAAUCAUACCUAAAAUUAAACAUGGGGAAUAAAUUCAGCAUAACACCAGGCAUUGAAUAUGCAAUGGAUGGUAAUGCCAGAGAAUUUUUGCCCUCAUGGUUCGUUCCAACUUGCCCUUCUGAUCGAUGUGCCAAUCCAUCUUUGUUCUUUACCAUGUAGAACAAUUUGGUCAAUUGAAAAGUCAUUCAUUCAUUCUUAAA